AUGGGACAUGCCAUCAGUUGGAUAUCAGGUACUAGCGCCGACGCGAACGAAGCCAUUUUGCGCGACGUUGUAACUGAGGACGGGUUUUGUCUUGGCAUGAAAAAGGCCACAUUCUCAACUCUGGCACCUGGCCUGUCCCUCGAUUCCAUGAACAGGCUGGCCAUUUCCGCAUUUACCAACGGCAUGGAUUCAUUAGCAGAGGGACAAUCGCAACCUGUGUCUUUUUAUGCAUGGGUUCGUUCUCAAAUCGUCAUCGCGACGACAGAUGCCAUCUAUGGCGACCACAACCCGUUCCGGGACUAUAGAGUUGAGAAUGCUUGGAGCCUUUACAAGCCUGGAAUCCCUAACCUUGGUCCGAAGGCGCUCCCUUCCUUCCUCACCUCAAAAUCGGUUCAGGCCCGGGAGUACGUCGUCCAGGCUUUUGUAAAAUUCUUCCAAGCCGGAUAUCACGAACAAGGAUCAAACCUGCUUCGAGAUCGGUACAGAUACAUUGUGGAGACGCAUCAAAUCCGGGACCUUUCCGACCUAGCAAGGUUGGAACUUACCGGCGCUUUUGCCAGCAUCGAGAAUACUGUACCGACAGCUUUCUGGUUCUUUGCUGUCCACGUGGACAAAGACACCUGGGGCCUCAAUGCGGACCGAUUCAACCAUACCCGCUUCGUCCACAAGUCACAUGACUUCGCCGGCAAAGGUAGUAAGCGGAUUGGGUUCCGUGGAUUUGGCGGUGGAUAUCAUUUAUGCCCUGGCCGACACUUUUCUAGCACGGAAAUGCUAAGUCUCGCUGCCAUGCUUGUUCUGAGGUUCGACAUAACACCUGUCCAUGGGACCUGGGAGUCACUGGGGAAACACAAGACAUCAUUCACAGGGACUGCAGCACCAGUUCCGGUCAAAGACUUUCCUGUUAUAUUUGACCGAAGAGAUAACAAGAAGUGGACAUUCUCCGUGUCGGGCACCGGGGUCGAGAUGGAGUUGCUAGCCGAAUGA